UGCUGAUAUAAAGACUAGCUCUGUGCUACAUAGUCUCAGUAUAAUUCUCUCAAUCGUUCGAAGAAGCCAUGAAAUUUGUCGUUGCUAUAUGUUUGCUGUUCGCCCUUAUCGGCGUUGCGUUGGGCCUGAAGGAUCCCAUUUGCGGUGAGCCGCAUUCCGGGGAUGGACAAGGAGCAAUUAGAUGUGCUGCCUAUAUGCCCAAAUGGACGUACAAUUCGGCCGCCAACGAAUGCAUCUCUUUCAUCUAUGGAGGCUGUGGUGGGAAUGCCAAUCGUUUUGGUUCGCAAGCGGAAUGUGAAGAGAAAUGCAAGGAAUAAAUUAUGUGACUAGCAGUAAUAUUGUUUAUCUGUUGAACUGCCAAUAAAUGUGUUGAAGUUGUUAAUUGUA